GGGGGCGUCGCGGUGACGUCACGGAAGGACAAAUUCAUUAGGUCUGGAGGACGUUCGCUCUCUGUCAGCCGGUGAGGGGGCAAGUGAGCGCCAUCUUAGGAGCUGUCAAAAUGUAUUCAUCUGUAGCGCAGCUAGCCCGGGUAAAUCCCUUCAGUGCUCCUCACUUCCAACUGGGACAAGACUCUGUAACUUCCAGGAAAUGUACUAACCCUCAGGCCCAACCCACUCGUCACCUUGCUGCUGCUGCUGUACAAGAUGGUGAUUACAGCUGUGAAUAUGGUUCAACACAGUUUUAUGCAAUGUGUGGCUUUGGUGGCAUCCUCAGUUGUGGUAUAACUCACACUGCUGUCGUACCGUUGGAUUUGGUGAAAUGUCGUAUUCAGGUGGACCCCAAAAAAUACAAGAGCAUCUUCAAUGGCUUCUCUGUAACUCUUAAAGAAGAUGGAGUUCGUGGUCUUGCAAAAGGAUGGGCACCAACAUUCAUAGGAUAUUCCAUGCAGGGCUUGUGCAAAUUUGGUUUCUAUGAAGUGUUCAAAGUACUGUACAGCAAUCUUCUAGGGGAGGAAAAUACUUACUUGUGGCGUACAAGCCUCUACCUAGCUGCAUCUGCCAGUGCAGAGUUUUUUGCUGAUAUUGCUCUGGCUCCAAUGGAAGCUGCAAAGGUGCGCAUUCAAACACAACCAGGUUAUGCAAAUACUCUGAGGCAAGCUGCACCCAAGAUGUAUGCAGAAGAAGGGAUCUGGGCUUUCUACAAAGGUGUUGCUCCUCUUUGGAUGAGGCAGAUUCCAUACACUAUGAUGAAAUUUGCCUGCUUUGAACGUACAGUUGAAGCUCUGUAUAAAUAUGUUGUUCCAAAGCCCCGAAGUGAAUGCUCAAAGGGUGAACAGUUGAUUGUUACGUUUGUGGCUGGUUAUAUUGCUGGUGUGUUCUGCGCUAUUGUUUCUCAUCCUGCUGAUUCUGUGGUCUCUGUUCUGAACAAAGAAAAGGGUAGCACUGCUGGGGAAGUUUUGAAGAAACUUGGGCCCAAAGGAGUCUGGAAGGGAUUGACUGCCCGUAUUAUUAUGAUUGGUACCUUAACUGCUCUUCAGUGGUUUAUCUAUGACUCGGUGAAGGUCUACUUCAGACUCCCUCGUCCUCCUCCCCCUGAGAUGCCAGAGUCCUUGAAGAAGAAGCUUGGUCUCACUGAAUAAACAAAUGGACAUUAAUCAUUCAGAUUUCAUCGACACUUUAAAGAUUUUUAUAAAUUCAACCAUGUAGGGUCUGCCUCCUAUCAGAUAUUAUGUGUUGUGCUUACACUCUGCUUGGUAGCCCAAAUGCUGUCAGUUGGUUUUACCACAGUACAUGUCUGUUUUAAAAUAAACAGAAGCUACAUAACACAA